AAGAAUAUAGAAAGGGGAGAUCCAAUCCGGUUUCAGCUAGUUUCCGUUCCGAUAGAACAUUUAAGCUUGCUUCAGUGUUUCCUAGACCUGUUUUUACUCUUUACUAAUCGGUGUCGAAGCUGCUGUAAUUUAUUUUCCUAUUUUUGUUCUAAAAGCCUACAAGCUUUAAGCAGCCAUGCCUAAAAGGAGCAAAGCUAACAAUGACACUGAAGCAGCUGGGCCAAAGAGACGGUCAGAGAGACUUCAGGGUAAACCCCAAACGCCAAAGUCUGAGCCCAAGCCAAAGAAAGCACCUGCACGAGGAAAGAAGGCCAAGGAAGUAGAAAAGGCCAAACCAGAGGAGAAGAAAGAGGACGCAAAGCCAGAGGCUGAGGAGAAAACUCCAGCAGAGAACGGAGACACCAAAGCUGAUGAAAACAAUGGAGAGGCAGGUGACGACGAAAAAGCUGAAUAACGUUAAUAUCAUUUCACCAGAGCUCCCAUACCUCUUUUCUUGUACAAUACAGAGGAAUAUUUUUAUUGACUAUUUUCUAAAAAAAAAAGUUUUUGUUUUGUUUUAGUAGUUUAAAAAUUAGAAGCUCAUUUUAUAGACUAUGUUCAAGAGAAAAGCCUUAGAAGAGAGAUUCCAUCUUUUCCCACUCCAGUUUUUCCUGAAGAAGAAUUGCAAUCAUGAAACAACUAAUGACUUCCCUUUAAUUUUUUUAUUUUUGUGUCUGUUUUGGGAGAGGAAUGGAACCGGUUGCGACACAAUGUGAUUUGUGCCAUUUUUAAACCUUUUAAAAAUGAAAUUUCUUAAGUCAUUCAAUUGAAACUGGGAGCGUUUGCCUGAGACACUAACAUUCCAUAGGCAAUAUGAGGGACACCUGUAUGUAGCCUGUAUUGUUUUGGAAGGGGUUCUGUAAGAAAAUGCUUUUGUUUUGUUUUUAGGGGGGAUGGGACUGAUUGUAAGCUGUAUUCUAUAAAUUGAAACCUCUUUAUUCAAACCGUUUUAUGAAUCAACAGCUUUUGAUUAAUGAUCCUGCUCGCUAGUACUGGAACACUCAUCUGACGUGUGAUUUUUACUUUUGUCUGUGUGGUGAUAGCAUUGCAAUAACGUUGUAUAGCUGCUGUGAAAAGGUUUUCAUGAUUUCUAUAUGCAGUAUGUGAUGGUACUUUUAAGAGGAUGAAAAAUGGAAUUGUGUGUGUUAGCAAAGCUAAUGACAGAGCUGUGUUACAGUGUUAAACAUGCAGGUUGUAGCUGACAUUAUACAAAAAAAUUACUGUAAUUUCAUUCUUGUGAACAUGCCAGCAGUAGCUAAGUCACUCAAGGUUUUUAGGUUAAAAGUACAUGUGUACAGUUUUCUUCCCAUUUUUAUGUAGUUCUAUCUGUAAUGAUUGGUUGACAUGCAAAUAAAAUGGUUGUAAUUUCACCUAAA